AUGUCAGAGACCGAACAAAAGCUCCCUUUGGCCCCAGAGGAGAUCUCCUCAGAGUGGCUCUCCAGUGUCCUAGGACAAAAGGUCAAAUCUUUUGUGUUCACCAACCAGAUUCUCCUCGCAACUGCUAGCAAGCUAUUCGUCACAAUUACAUAUGAUGAUGCAGCGGCGGCCAGUGCGGCCGGCAAGCCCACCUCCAUCUGCCUUAAGGGAGGCUUCAACCAGGCUGUCGUCGCCCAAUAUCCAGAUAUCAUGAUCCGCAUUUACACUCGGGAAGUUGGAUUCUUCACCUGGGUCGCUCCAAGACUCAGCCACGUGGACAUGCUGAAGUGCUGGUGGUCAGGGUCCAACAGCGAGCAAGGAAUCGUCAUCCUGGACGACCUCAAUCAACAAGGUGGCACAUUCGGAGAACCAACAGAGACCUGGACAGUGGACCAGGUAAAGGCAGGCGUUGAGCAGCUCGCCGGCCUCCACGCCGGAACUUGGGGAGAUAAGAGCAGUGAUCUGCCCGCUUGGCUCACUGACCCAGAACACUACGACAGCACCAUCCUGAGCCUGUGUAGCUGGUGGCAAGGCCUGGUUGUUGGCGAGUCACGACCUCACUUCCCCUCGGACUGGAACGAGGAGCGUAUCACAGCCGCAAUGAAGAAGCACCUGAAGUCUCGUGAUCCAAAAUUCACAUGUCUCCUCCACGGCGACCCUCAUGCGGGUAAUACAUACUUCAUCAACGGUCAACCACGAUUCCUGGACUGGCAGCUCAUCCACGUUGGAUCGGCCUUCCACGAUGUUGCCUAUUUCGCUGUGGGAGCCUUGACCGUCAAGGACCGCAAGGAACAUGAAAUGUCCAUCUUGCAACACUACCUCGAUUCUCUCGCUAAAUUCGGAGGACCAACCUUCACUCUUGACGAUGUGCUGGUUGAGAGAGAGUGCAUGCUAUGA